AUGGCAUCCCAACGCCUUGUGAUACUGCUGAUAGCACUGCUUCUGUCGAGAUGCCUCGCAAGCGACGUUCCUUUGCCCGCUAAUUUCGAAAGACGAGUGAAUGCUAGAGUUGGUGUAAUAAAUAACCAGCUAUAUCUGGAAGGCGGAGCCGUCUCUGAGAAAGGCGUCAGUGGUGCAUGGCCAGUCAAUAACACGCUUUCGCUCGAUCUCACCACCUCUUGGCUUCCCCAGGACGCAUCUUUCCGGAGCACCGACAAGAGCUCGAAUAACAUCCCAUCCCUAUGGAAAAACGCCAUGUUCGUCGAUAAUGCUGCCGGGGCAUUCUACAUAUGGGGAGGGCGGUAUUUCUUCAUUAGUGACCCUCCGCCCCUAAAGCUUUGGAAGUUUACUGCCAACAAGAAUGGGGGAGGUGAUUGGGCUACCGAGGAGGCAGAUCCCUCCUUCAGUACAAUUAUACGCUCAGAAGGUGGUGCGCAUACUAGCUCCAAAGAUGCAGGCUUCUGGUUUGGGGGUCAGGUCACACCGGAGACUCACGAUGGUCUUUCAAAGCUUAAUAUCCCUGGCUUCGUGUCCUUUAACUUCACCACGAAGAAAUGGACCAAUCACACGGAUGCCCCCUUUUCUUCCAAGGGAACGCUUGUAUAUGCCACUGCCACAUACCUCCCCGGAGUAGGCCCCAAUGGUAUUAUAAUGCUCUUGGGCGGCCAAGGCCAGUCGGUGCCGAAAGGAAGCGAGCCGAUCUCGUUUGAGACUGUACAUUUCCUAGACCCCGUCACCCUGAAGUGGUUCAAGCAGAACACAACAGGACAGACCCCCACGUCGCGUGUCGGUCACUGUGCAGUUGGAGUCACCGGAAGCAACUCGUCUGAAAUUUUCGUUUACGGUGGUGCAAGUGAAGGGAAUUUGCAUAAUGAUGUCCAUAUUUUAUCACUCCCUGGCUUCAAUUGGGUAAAUACAGGAGCAACCAGCCAGCAGACGCGUAUCGAGAUGGGAUGCGUAGCCGCUGGCAACCGCAAUAUGGUUGUGGUCGGUGGGGCCAAGUACUCGGGAACCGACACGAGCCCUGAUAUGAAUUCGCAAGGACUGGGGAUCUUCGAUAUGACUGCGUUGGAAUGGAAGACCAAGUACACGGCUGACGCCGGUCAAUAUGAAACACCCGAGAUCGUAACCAAAUGGUAUCAGGAAGGGAACUUGGCCAAAGUAGCAUUUUCAGAGGGAGUAAAGGAUCUGUUUCCCGAGAAAGAGACAGGAAGUAACACCGCCUCCCCUGAGCCUGACCAAGACAACACCAAGCCGCUCUCAGCCGGGACUAUUGCUGGGGCUGUUGUUGGCGGAGUAGCUGGGAUCGCAGCUUUCGCCGCACUCCUCUUCUUCCUACUUCGAAAGAAGAAACACUCAUCACUGUCUCAUCACCCGCAAACGGAAUACUCGCCGGAAUAUGAUCAGUCACCACAUUCAUCGACAAUGGCUAAAUAUCCCCCUGAGCUGAAUAACGACGGUGAAAGGUUUGAACUAUCGGCCCCAAGACGUUUUGUUGAGCUCCCCACUCAGCCUUAG